GGGCUGGGGAGAGGAGCGCCGGAGGAGCCGCGACCUCGAAACAGGAGGCAGCCGCCCGGGGUGCAUAUCUCUCGAUUGGUCCUAGCUAGGGUUUCAGUCAGUCGGCCGGGACCAUGGAGUCGCCGCCGCCCAAGCGCGACGUCGGCCACGGCGGCGAGGACGGAAUCAGCGCGCUCCCCGACCCCCUCCUACUCGACAUCCUCGAGCGCCUCGACCUGCGCGAGGCGGUCCGCGCCGGAGCGCUCUCCACGCGCUGGCGGCACCUCCCCGGCCACCUCUCGCGCGUGCGCCUCGACGUCGCUCACUUCCGCGGCGCCACGCCGCUCGAGGUCAUGGACGCGUUCACGGGCGCGGCGCGGGCCUUGCUGACUCGGGUGCCUCCCGCCGAGGGUGGUCCCCUCAAGGUGCUCGUCCUGAGCUUCUACACGUCUUCCCCUCACCUGAGCUCCAUAGGCCGCCUCAUCGAGGACAUUGUGAGCUUGGGCCACACCCAAUGCCUUGAGUUUUGCAUAUCCCCGCCGGGCACUAACCCGCUGGGCAGCAACAUUGAGAUUGGGCAGGAGUUCAUGGCCUUCUCCCGCGCCUACCCAGUUGCCUUCUCGUGGCUCACGACGCUUACGCUCGAAUAUCAUGCUUUUGGAAAUUCCGACAUCACUGACCUCAUUACCACUUGCGGUAGGCUCAGGCACCUCAGCUUGAGAUUCUGUGUUUCUUUAAUUGCUGGUGUAUCAAAUGUACGAAUAAUUCUACUUCCAGCUUUCAUUUCCGGAGACGGUUUCCACGCUAUUGCAGGAAGCGCUUGA